ACUCUGAAGACAAAAGAGCGCUCGUGCAGCUCCAGGAUGCACGCGCUGGUGAAGUGGGCCGCGGGGCUGCUCGUGCUCUUCUCUGUGCUUCUGAACCUCGCGCUCAUCGUGGGCUACUCCCGCAGGACGCCCACGUGCGCGGCCCGGAGCAAACACGCGCUCCGGGGAAAACACGACGAGCGCAGUCGCGUGUUCGCGGACCUGAGCCGCGACGAGUACGCGCAGGUGCAGCAGUACAUGCUCCGACAGAAGGACCUGGACAUCUCCACGCGCCAGAGCACGAGACCGGACGAGAACUUCCUCUUCCUCAUUGACCUGCGCGUGCCACCAAAGUCCCAGGUUUUGGCGCACCUGGACGCGCGCGCCCCCGCGCCGCGCAGAGAGGCGACAGUCGUGGUUUUCUUCGGCUCCACGGGCCACAUUAAAGAGUACGAGGUGGGACCUCUGCCCAAACCGAGCUACCACCGCGACGUGACGCGUGAGCGCUACGGCACGGACCUGCCGCUGAGCGCGCGCGCAGUCACCGUGGGAGAAUACGUGCUUCUGUUCCAGUUCCUGGAGGAUAAAGUGUUCUCGCCCCUGUCCACGCUCCUCCGCGAGAGUUUUGGCGUGGACCAUGAGCACAAACUCAGACCCUUCGAGCAGAUGCCGCGCGGGUUACGCGCCGGCGACCGCAACACCUGGAUCUCGUUCCUCCGUGACCUGAGCGGGUUUUACCUGCAGCCCGUGGGCUUUGAGGUGCUCGUGGAUCACCGGAGUACCAACGCGUCACAGUGGCGCGUGGAGCGCGUCUUUUACAACGAUCAGUACUUCGAGUCAGUGGACGCGCUUCGUGACGCGGACGCCGCGGGCACCGUGAAGAAGAUGGUGAAGAUCCCGUGGGAGGACUACGGCUCCCUGAAGCCCCGGACACGACCCCUGCAGGUCGGACCGCAGCUCGUGAACCCCGAGGGCGCGCGCUACAGCGUGAGCCACAACCACGUGCUCUACAUGGACUGGAGCUUUGCCUUCGGGCUCAGCGCGGUCACGGGGAUGCGCGUGUUCGACGUGCGCUUCAGAGACGAGCGCAUCCUUUACGAGCUGAGCCUGCAGGAGGCCAUGUCCGUGUACGGCUCCAUGACCCCGGGCCUGGGCAUGACCAAGUUUCUGGACUCCGGCUUUGGCAUAGGCCGCUUCGCGCACGAGCUCGUGCGCGGUGUGGACUGUCCAUAUGACGCCAAGUACGUGGACACGUACAGGUACAUUGAUGUGUCCGAGCCCACGCGCACCCGGAACUCCAUGUGUAUCUUUGAGCUGUACCUGGGUCAGCCGCUGCGCAGACACUUCUCAGACUUUUUCCACAACAGUUACGGCGGGAUGGCGAACAGCGCGCUCGUCCUCAGGACCAUCACCGCCAUCGAAAACUACGACUACAUGUGGGAUUUUAUUUUCUAUCAGACCGGCGCCGUGGAGGCCAAGGUGCACGCGACAGGAUACAUCUCCUCCUCCUUCCUCGUGCGGGACAGUCACAAAUUCGGGCACCAAGUGGCGCCAAAGGUUCUGGGAAAUAUGCACACGCACUUCGUCAACUUCAAAGUGGACCUGGAUGUGGCGGGCGAGAAGAACAUCUUCCAGACCAAAGACAUGGAGUACAGGAACGUGUCUCUGCCCUGGAAGCCCGAGCACUACGCCACCAUCCCUCACCUGGUGGAGAGGAACGUUGUCACGGAGCAGGCGGCUGCGAUGCGUCACGAUGCGAAGACGCCCCGGUACCUGCACGUCUCCAGUGAGCAGAAGAACCGCUGGGGCCACGAGCGCUCCUACAGGCUCCAGGUGUACAGCUUCAACGGAGACCACCUCCCUGAAGGCCAGCCCGAGGAGAAGGCCAUGUCCUGGGCCAGGUACAAAGUGGCCAUCACCAAACACAAAGACUCCGAGCGCAGCAGCAGCAGCUUGUACAACCAGAACAACCAGUGGAGCUCCCCAGUCAACUUCUGCUCCUUCAUCGAGGACGACGAGGACAUUUACAACCAGGACCUGGUUGCCUGGGUGACGGCGGGUUUCCUCCACAUCCCUCACGCGGAGGACAUCCCCAACACCGUCACCGUGGGAAACGGGGGCGGAGUCCUGCUGCGGCCCCACAACUACUUCAACGAGGACCCGUCCAUCGAGUCCCCGGACAGCGUGUACCUGGGCCCCGGCUCCGAGAGCGACUGCGACACGAACCGCCUGGCCUGCCUCGCCCAAGAGACCUGCGCCCCGGGAAUAGAACCCUUCACCUACCACGGCUUUGACGGGGUGCUCAAGUUUGACGAGUGAGCGGCUGUGGUCUGCUGUGUGUGUGUGAUUUAUCAGACUUUUGACGUAAGUUUGGACGGUGGACAAACACACACGCUGUAGGAGGACGCCACCAGGGGGAGCUCUCACGUCAAAACAAAACAAAAUCGUGGGAGUUACGUUCUAAAAAUAACCCGCGAUAGGUGAAAAAUGCGAAUGAGUCAACUUUAUAUUUUACAAUUAUUAAAUCUGUUUUAGGUCUGUAAAACUACGGAA